AUGCAGGGUGCCGGGGGCUCCCGUCCUGGCAGCCACGGGGGUGCUGGCGACCAACAGGGGCCGGGCCUGUGCCAGGGUGAGAUCGAAUUUGGAGGGUCUGGGAAGAAGCGAGGCCAGCCCUCUGUGCCCAGGGCCCCCUUACCCAGCCGCCCCAUACUCAGCACCCCCAUACUCAGUACCCCCGUGCCCAACACACUCAUGUCGCUGGUGGGCGAGGAGCGGCCCUUUGCCCUGAAGCCGUGGCUGAGGGACGUCCUGCGAAAGGGGCUGGUGAAGGCGGCUCAGAGCACACGUGCCUGGAUCCUGACCAGUGCACUCCGUGUGGGCCUUGCCCGGUACGUCGGACAGGCUGUGUGUGACCACUCACUGGCCAGCACGUCCACCAAGGCCCACGUGGUGGCCAUCGGCAUUGCCUCAUUGGGCCGCGUGCUGCACCGUCAGCUUCUGGACAAUGCCCAGGAGGACAGCCCUGUCCACUACCCCGUGGACGAUGGUGGCAACCAGGGCCCCCUCUGCCCGGAAAACAACCACUCCCACUUCAUCCUGGUGGACCCGGGCACCCCUAGGAAGGUCAGCGAGCCCGCAGAGCUGUGGCUGAGGUUGGAGAAGCACGUCUCGGAGCAAAGGACCGGCUACGGGGGUGAGGGCAGCAUCGAGAUCCCCGUCCUCUCUCUGCUGGUCAACGGUGACCCCAGCACCCUGGAGGUAGGCAGCGGCGGCAGGACUUCCAGGGCCGUGGAGCACGCCGGCCCAUGGCUGAUCCUGGCGGGCUCGGGGGGCAUCGCCGACAUGCUUGCUGCCCUGACAAACCAGCCCCACCUCCUGGUGCCCCAGGUGGCCGAGAAGCAGUUUAGAGAGAAGUUUCCCAGUGAGAACUUCUCCUGGGAGGACGUCGUGCACUGGACAGAACUGGUAUACACCGGCCAGGACCGCAGUCAGGAGGGCGCCAACUUGGGGCCUUUGUCCAUCCUCGAGGCACUGGUGAAAGCCCACAAGAGCCGUAGCCAGGAGGCGCAGGACUGCCCGGGUGAGCUGAAGCUGCCCGUGGCCUGGGACCGCGUGGACAUCGCCAGGAGCGAGAUCAACAGGGACGUGCAGUGGAAGUCCCACGACCUGGAGGAGGUGAUGAUGGACGCGCCGGUGAGCAGCAAGCCUGAGUUCACGCGCCUCUUCGUGGACAGUGGCGCCAACGUGGCGGACUUGACGUACGGGCGGCUGCAGCAGCUCUACCGCUCGGUGCCCCCCAAGAGCCUGCUCUUCCACCUGCUGCAGCGCACGCACGAGGAAGGCCAGCUGACGUGGGCCGGGCUGGGCGCCCAGCAGGCCCGGGAGCCGCCCACCUUCUCCCUGCACGAGGUGUCGCGGGUGUUCAGGGACUUCAUGCACGACGCCUGCCGUGGGCUCUACCAGGCAGAGCAGGGCCCGGUCCGGCAGCCCACGGGCCAGAAGGGGCUGCUGGACCUGAACCAGAGGAGCGAGAACCCCUGGAGGGACCUGUUCCUGUGGGCGGCGCUGCAGAACCGCCACGAGAUGGCUACCUACUUCUGGGCCAUGGGCCAGGAGGGCGUGGCAGCCGCUCUGGCCGCCUGCAAGAUCCUCAAAGAGAUGUCCCACCUGGAGCUGGGGGCCGAGGGGGGCCGCACCCUGCGUGAGGCCAAGCACGAGCAGCUGGCCCUGGACCUCUUCUCCUAGUGCUACCGUAAGCUGGUGCGCCGGAACCGCUCAUGCAGCAGGGCCACGUGUCUGCACCUGGCCACCGAGGCCGACACCGAGGCCUUCUUUGCCCACGACGGGGUGCAGGCCUUCCUGACCGAGAUCUGGUGGGGGGACAUGGCCGCGGGCACGCCCAUCCUGAGGCUGCUGGGUGCCUUCCUCUGCCCGGGCCUCGUGUAUACCAACCUCAUCACCUUCAGUGAGGAGGCCCCUCUAAGGACGGGCCCAGAGGACCUGCAGGGGCUGGGCAGUCUGGACACGGAGAAGAGGCUGCUCUGUGGCCCGGGCAGCCGGGCGGAGCAGCUGGCCAAGGCGCCAGGAACUCAGCGCGGCCGAGGCCAAGCCGCCUCCUCGUUCACGCGCUGGCGGAAGUUCUGGGAGGCACCCGUGACCGUGGUCCUGGGGAACGUGGUCACGUACUUUGCAUUCCUCUUCCUGUUCACCCACGUCCUGCUGGUGGACUCCAGGUCCCCUCCCCAGGGGCUGUCGGGGGCUGAGGUCACCCCCUACUUCUGGGUCUUCACGCUGGUGCUGGAGGAGAUCCGGCAGGGCUUCUUCACAGAUGAGGACAUGCACCUGGGGAAGAAUGCACUCUACGUGGAGAACAACUGGAACAAGUGUGGCAUGGUGGCCAUGUUCCCGUUCGUCGUCGGUGUCACCUGCAGGAUGCUGCCCUCAGUGUUUGAGGCCGGCCGCACGAUCCUUGCCAUCGACUUCAUGGUGUUCACGCCCCGGCUCAUCCACGUCUUUGCCCUCCACAAGCAGCUGGGCCCCAAGAUCAUCAUCGUGGAGCGGAUGAUGAAGGACGUCUUCUUCCUCCUCUUCCUCCUGAGCAUGUGGCUUGUGGCCUACGGCGUGACCAGCCAGGCGCUGCUGCACCCCCAUGACGGGCGCCUGGAGUGCAUCUUCCGCCGUGUGCUCUACCGGCCGUACCUACAGAUCUUCGGGCAGAUCCCACUGGACGAGAUCGACGAAGCCUGCGUGAACUGCUCCGUGCACCCCCAGCUGCUGGAGGACUCGCCCUCCUGCCCCAACCUCGACGCCAGCUGGCUGGUCACCUUCCUGCUGGUCACCAACGUGCUGCUAAUGAACUCCCUCAUCGCCAUGCUCAGCUACACGUUCCAGGUGGUGCAGGGCAACGCGGACACUUUCUGGAAGUUCCAGCGCUACCACCUCAUCGUGGAGAACCACGAACGCCCCGCCCCGGCCCCGCCCUUCAUCCUCCUCAGCCACCUGAACCUGGUGCUCAAGAGGUUCUUCCGGAAGGAGGCCCAGCAGAAGGGGGCGCGCCUGGAGAGGGACCUGCCGGAGCCCCUGGACCAGAAGAUGGUCACCUGGGAGGCGGUGCAGAAGGAGAACUUCCUGAGCGAGCUGGAAAGGCGGAGGAAGGACAGCGGGGAGGAGCUGCCGCAGAAGACGGCCCACAGGGUGGACUUCGUAGCCAAGUACCUCGGGGGCCUGAGAGAGCAGAAGCGGGUCGAGCGUCUGGAGUCUCAGGUCGACUACUGCACGGCGCUCCUCUCCUCCAUGGCCGACACGCUGGCCCGCAGGAACAGCUACUGGAGUAGACUCCCGAACUUCAGUGGUGGGAACCCACAGGCCUCUGCUGACCACAGAGGGGGCCUGGGCAGCAGGGAACACCCAGAGGCCGGCCGGCUGCCCUCGAACACCUGAGCCAAUUGGACCAUCUGCACACAGGGCCCACCUCUCCCAGAGCCCCAGGCCCCAUGGACGCGCCGGCCUGCCCCCACCUCCAGUGGAGCCCCCCAACAGGAUGUGGCUCAGGGCUUUGCCCUGCCCGGCACCUUCCCUGGACGUCCUGGGCCCGGGGUGCAGCGGUGUGUCGUGGGUCCCCCCUGACAGGCAGAGCCCUCAGGACCCCGAGCAGAACCAACCAGCCAGGCCCAGGAGAGCAGACACUUGUUGAGUGCCCUGUGCGGGGCACCUCCCGUUAGGUGGGCAGCUAGCUGCCUUGGAGUCCAUGCCCAACCUGUGUCGCCCACCAAGAGGCUGGUCUUUUUCUGAAACGCUUGCACUUGGAAUUUCUGUCCUUUAAGACCCAAGACUGUGUGUAUCGGCUGCCACGGCACGUCCCCGACAGCUCGCACAGUGAGUGGCGGGCUGUCCAGCCUGGGCAGUGGCUGCGGGUCACCUCCCCAGGAGGACCCGCCCCCAAAGCUGCUUUAUCUUAAAUGGAGCCUGGGAAGUACACCCACACCUUGGGCUGCAGCCCCACAUGAGAGUGGACCCUGGGGGGCGUCUGGGAGGUGUCAGGCGGUCAGUAAAGCACUGCGGGGGGAGAGGGACUUCCUGCCCUGCAGGGAUGGGGUCUGGGCCCCUGAGCUUGCCCCAGCUGCGUGGCCAGCCAGGCCGGUCUCUCCUUCCCUUAGGGACCUGGAGCCCGGGGUAGCGGCAGCAGGGGCAGGGCCAGGCCCGGGGCUCAGCAGCACGAUGGGCUGGCCAACCCCAAGUGCGGUCCCAGGAGAGCCACGCCCACUCCCGGCUACCUCCCCAGCACCCUCUGGGGACCCUCCUCAUCGCCCUGCACAGCAGCUCCGCAGUCCUGGCGACACUGUCCCAGGACACCGGUCGUCGUCACACAGCCUGGGUAGGACAGUCAAGGGUGAGCUUGGCCAGGGCUGGAGACGGCGCCCGCUCAGCUGGCCGCUUCCUGGGGUCUACAGGCGUAUGCUGGAGGCAGGGGCUGCACACCAACAGCCGUGAGCCCGCCUCUGGGCGGGUCUGGGGUGUCCACCUCUUGCUCUGGGCUGAGGAGGGGGUCCCCUCAGCUGGGCUGGGAAGACGCGCCACUGAGGAGCACAGGCUUGAUUGAGAAAGCUUCAGAGCCCCCUG